GCUCGCGUCACUGAUGACACGUGGAUUCCAAGAUGGCGCUCAUGAGGGUAAUAUUAAUCUGGCUAUCCCCGUUUCUCUUAGUCUUGCAUCCGUCAUAUUCUUUUUACGUGCCUGGUGUGGCUCCAAUGGACUUUCAUCAAAAUCAUCCUGUAGAAAUUAAGGCAGUGAAAUUGACUAGUUCACGGACGCAACUCCCGUAUGAAUAUUAUUCCCUCCCAUUUUGUCGUCCAGAAAGAGUUGAAUAUAAGGCAGAAAAUCUUGGUGAGGUGUUAAGAGGUGAUCGGAUUGUGAAUACACCGUACAACUUGCAUAUGAACGUUGAAAAGAAAUGUGAAGUGCUCUGUGACAAGCCAAACAAACCUAUCAGGUUUAAAGUAUCAGAAAGUAAACUGGUCGUAGAAAGGAUUCGGGAAGAAUAUUAUGUUCAUUUAAUUGCAGAUAAUUUGCCUGUCGCAACACGCUUAGAAUUUUACCCAAACCAUGAUGACAAUGACAAAAAGAAAGAGAAGGAAGUACAGUUUGAGCAUGGUUACAGAUUGGGGUUUAUCGACAACAACAAGUUCUACCUCCACAAUCAUCUCUCCUUCAUUGUCUAUUAUCACAAGGAAGAAAUAGAGAAAGAGCAGGAACCUACAUAUAGAGUUGUACGUUUUGAGGUGAUACCGCAAAGUGUUAAGUAUGAAGAUCUAAAAGCUGAUGAGCAAGGAAACUGCAUUCUUCCUGAGGCGGCAGGCUCUCUUCCCCAGGAAAUUGAUCCUAAUAAAGAAAAUGAUGUGCUUUUUACUUACUCUGUACGUUGGGAGGCAAGUGUUGUUAAAUGGGCAUCACGCUGGGACACUUAUUUAACGAUGAGUGAUGUACAGAUUCACUGGUUCUCAAUUGUGAAUUCAGUCGUCGUAGUUUUCUUUCUCUCUGGAAUUCUAAGCAUGAUAAUUAUUCGAACUCUCAGGAAGGACAUUGCCAACUAUAACAGAGAAGAUGACAUUGAAGACACAAUGGAAGAAUCUGGUUGGAAACUUGUCCAUGGUGAUGUGUUCAGGCCACCUCAGUAUCCUAUGAUUCUCAGCUCUCUGUUAGGAUCUGGGAUCCAGUUGUUCUGCAUGAUCCUCAUUGUAAUCAUUGUUGCCAUGUUAGGAAUGCUGUCACCAUCCAGUAGAGGAGCGCUGAUGACAACUGCUUGUUUCCUGUUCAUGUUCAUGGGGCUGUUUGGUGGUUAUUUUGCAGGCCGUCUGUACCGUACUCUCAAAGGUCACCGAUGGAGGAAAGGUGCUUUUUGUACGGCUACUCUCUACCCUAGCAUUGUAUUUGGAUUGUGUUUUAUCCUAAAUUGUUUCAUUUGGGGAAAGCAUUCAUCAGGAGCUGUUCCCUUUCCCACUAUGUUGGCCCUUCUCUGUAUGUGGUUUGGUAUCUCCCUUCCUUUAGUAUACCUUGGCUAUUAUUUUGGCUUUCGAAAGCAACCAUAUGACAACCCAGUGCGGACUAAUCAAAUACCCAGGCAGGUCCCUGAACAGAGAUGGUACAUGAACAAAUUUGUUGGAGUUCUUAUGGCUGGUAUCCUGCCAUUUGGUGCCAUGUUUAUUGAGCUGUUCUUUAUUUUCACUGCAAUUUGGGAGAACCAGUUCUAUUAUCUCUUUGGAUUCUUAUUUUUGGUAUUUAUUAUUCUGGUUGUGUCAUGUUCUCAAAUCAGCAUCGUCAUGGUUUAUUUCCAACUCUGUGCGGAGGAUUAUAGAUGGUGGUGGAGAACAUUCUUGGUGUCUGGUGGAUCAGCGUUUUAUGUGCUUGUUUAUGCCAUAUUUUAUUUCGUUAAUAAGUUGGACAUUGUGGAAUUCAUCCCAUCCUUGCUGUAUUUUGGGUACACAACUCUGAUGGUGCUUUCUUUCUGGCUGUUAACCGGAACAAUUGGAUUUUAUGCUGCCUAUGUGUUCAUACGAAAAAUCUACGCUGCUGUAAAAAUAGACUGAAAACGCCACCCACACAAGGAGUUUACGGUUAUGGUGAACCUUCCAAGUAUAGAUCUUAAUGGACGUGCUGGCAAGCAUCUCUUGAUUCUGAAGAAUUUAAUUUUGAAAAAUUCCUUCAAUUUAGGUAUAAUUGCACGGUGUUCACUUUUGGAGUGAUAUGGCAACAAUAUUGGAAUUAAAAGGAAGUUUUUAUAUGCUAGCUUGUUUUGAGAACUUAUGCCCUUUUUGAAAAACAAGAUAUUGAGGAUGCUUUUGGCAUUAAUUAUAGAAAAAAAUUGGUAUCCAUUUCCACCCUUGUUCCAACAUGCCAUUGUGAACAUUCUACAUAAAAGAAUUAAUCCAACGUUUACCUACUUUAUCACUUUGUUAUUGUGCUGGACACUUUAAAAAAAAUCUUGCUGGAAAUAUUUGUUGCCUCUUAAGCAGUUAGAUCUUAAAAAAUUCAACCAUUUACAAUUAAGUCUGAUGUGGAAAUAUUUACAUACAAAUGCAGCACAUUUGAAGACAGCCACUUUGGAAAGAGGUCCGUAGAAUUUGAGUGCCAUUAAUCAGAGAAGUUCAUUAUUUGUACUUUCUAUGCAGCUCCACUAACUGGGGGAAAAAAUAGUGAUUUUAACAAGACAAGUGGAAUACUGAUAACCAAGAAGCAGUGCAAUGAUCUCCUUUCUCCAACUAUAUUUGUAAACAGUGCCCAUUCUAUUUAAGUACUUUGAAGAAAGCUGACUUGCUCACAGAGAGGAAUGCCAUGGGAAUACGAUGCCUCGAUUUUGGCUGUGGAUUUAUGUUGGUAGAUUUCCCAUUCAUUUUUAAUGUUUCUGGUCAGUUGAAGCCUACCUUGUCUGAACACAUUUGUCACUAUAAUUAUAGUUGGGCAAGCAACUGGACUACACACCAAAAACAAAACUGAUUAUGCAUAUGGUCAGAUGUAAAUAAAGCAUUUUUGUUUUUAAAUAUUUCUUUCUGAAGUAAUUAAAUAAAAACCAUGUAAACAAGCCCUUUAUAAUGGGAGCCUUUAAAUCACUAGACGUGCAAAUUCAAAAUUGCUGUAGACUUGAGUUCUAAAAUGCAAAAGUGUGGUUUAUUAAGAAUUUGAAAUUGCCUGUACUCUAUGAAGUGUUUUGAUUUGGACCUCAAUUUACUGAGGCUGAUGUGCAUUUUUAGAUUUAAAAGAUAUAUAAAUUGCAUUGCUACAACUAUUAAGUAGAAGUAUUAAAGUGUUACCAAAGGCCUGACCAAAUUUAUCGUUUUCUGUCACCUCCUUGAUGCUUUUUGUGAAUGUCUCAUAGUUAAAGCACUGACAUGCUGCAUCCAGAACAUGUUGCACUUUGUUGUCUGUAUGCAGUGCUUGUGUACAGAUAAAGCAGUUUGUUCUUCGUUUUAAAUACUAAAUAAAUAGCUCCAUAAUCUAUGACUGAUAGUUUGCAUUGUAUUUUUUUUUUCCCUUGAGCCCUACUUUCAUUGAAGGUCGAAUACACAUUUGCUUUAGAAAUGUAGAAGUAGACACUACAAAUGUCUAUUUGAAUCUGGACCACUGAUCAAGAUAGAUCAUAAAGUGAACGAAGUAAGAAAAUAAAUAGAAUAAUUACUUUAUUGGCUGCCAGCAUGAUUCUAUUUACCAAAUCACUGAUGAAGUAUUAAAAGAAAACAACACUGACUUCAUUCGGUACAGGCACAUUUGAGUCUUUGGCUGUUAAAUAUGUAAUAAACCUUGAAUUCCUUUUCUGUACACUUUAAUAUAGUCCUAACGUGGAGGGUAGGCAGGAAAGGGAUAAUAUGAAGUUUACUGUGAUUUAGCUUUUAAGUUUUGUAUAUUUCUAAAUAUUUAAAUACUCUUUUUGAAAAUCUGCAUUAGAUUCUUUAUUUUGUCUGGUUUCAUGGGAUCCAUUUAAUUUUGUGAGACUUUCAUGCAAUGGUGUAAAUAAAUGCAAUUUUGUACUUUUGCUUUUUGGUCAUUGGCACUGUAUGGACUGAUUAUGUAAUGUUUCAAAAGGCAUGUUACCUUUAUAUAAUGUCCAGUAUAAAAUAAAGUGUGUAAGCUUUCCUUUA